AUGGCGACACACGUGACUGGGUUCAAGCAUACGCAGUAUGCAAUUUACCUGGUCAUCACAUUCUCGGCUGCAUGCGUCCUGAUCGACAGCGCACAGGGAGUGGUGGAGAGGUUCAACCUGAACCGACGCUGGUACUACCUCUUCGGCGCGACGUGCCUCUUCGCAUACCUGUAUGUGCGCCCCCAGAUCAACCUCCGCCUCGGUUCUGCCGCCGGCGCCCAGAUCAGCUGGAGCAGCCUGUACAUCCUCUGGCUCUGCUCCGCUGUCUUCUACCACCUCCCCUCCCUGGACAGCCUGGGCAUCGACCUCCGCGCCGACCUCUCCAUCCUGCUCACCACUUUCCUGCUCUCCCUGGCGGUGCUGGGCGCGGCAGCGGCGGCCCACGCUGCCGCGCUGGCCCUCGCCUGGGUCCGCCCCUGGCUGGCCCACCCCUCCGCCGCCUCGGUGGGCGGCACCAUCUCCCCCAUCUUCAGCCUCUGGCUCACCCUGGUGGCCAUGCUGGGGGCCACCUGCCUCAGCGACUACGCCGCCGCCUCCGCCAUGCACGCCGCCGCCUCGCUGGCGCGCAGGAAGGCGCUGGCUGCGGAGCAGCGGCGCUCGCGGCGGGUGCUGGCGGCGCAGCGCCGACCUGAGCUACGACCUGCUGGGCCAGCAGGGGCGCAGCGCCAUGCCCAGCAGGUGGGGCAGGGGGUUGGGUACUGUUUUUAUUGGUCCCUGUGA